UUUUCUGCCUUUUUCUUUCCACUUCACUCCACUCACACCCGAGUAUCUCUCUCACACAUACUCGACCCGCCACACUCUCGCGACGCUCCCACGCUCCGCCCGUGUUGUGCUUCAAUCAAGCGUGCUUCAUUGAGCGCUGGAGGAAACAAUGGGAAUGCACGCGCUUUGUGUAGGACAGCGACUGACGCGCUUCUCUGUGUUUGUUUAGGACUUUCUGCUGAUUAGACUCAUUUUCGGGAUCACAUAAUUAAGCUUUAACACAAUGGGGUGUUGCAGCGGACGGUGCACCCUUAUAUUUCUGUGCACGUUUCAGUUGAUGGUGGCAUUAGAGAGGCAGGUGUUUGAUUUCUUGGGCUAUCAGUGGGCUCCCAUCCUUGCCAACUUCUUCCACAUCCUGGUGGUCAUCCUGGGACUGUUUGGCACCAUUCAGUACAGACCUCGCUACAUUGUAGUGUACGUUGUAUGGACAGCAGUGUGGGUGGCCUGGAACGUCUUCAUCAUCUGUUUCUACCUGGAUGUUGGAGGUCUGUCAAAGGACAGCAACCUAUUGACCUUUAACAUCUCGGCACACCACUCUUGGUGGAGCGAGCAUGGGCCGGGCUGUGUUCGACGAGAGAUCCCCACCAGCGCAGACCGCGGUGCGGACACCCAGUCCUACAUAUCAAUCAUGGGCUGCCUGCUGGAGUACCAGUACAUCGAAGUCCUCCACAGCAGCUUCCAAAUCCUUAUCUCUCUACUGGGUUUCAUCUACGCCUGCUACGUCAUCAGCGUCAUCACAGAGGAGGAAGACAGCUUUGAUUUUAUUGGUGGAUUUGACCCAUUCCCACUCUACCAUGUCAAUGAGAAACCAUCCCAUCUACUAUUAAAGCCUGUGCAUCAGUCUUCGUAAAUGAAAGUGUGUUUGCAAAGAGGAGCAGCCUGGCUGAUUCCUCCUCUCCACCAGACUCCUCGUUCCCCGUCGCCUGCAUUAUUCCUCAGUGUCUCUCCAUACCCAUUAAAACACUUCCUAAUCUUCCUAAAUCAGCCUCUGCUGGGUUGGAGGGAGGAUUGGAGAAUUGUUUCUCCUCUUCCCAUCUCUGGACAAAAUGCAGUCCUGCAGACGCACUAACUCCUGCAUUGUUCCAGCUGCCACAUUUACGGCCAUAAAAAUAUCUAAACAAUAAGGUCUAUUAUAUUUAUCAGGCGGGUUUCCAUGUUGUGUGUGUGUGGUCCAAGUUUAGUAUGCAUUGUGACCUCAAAGGCCACAACCCAUGUGAGUUAUUCAGAGUGACUGUGGGGCUCAGAUGUUAGGUUAACUGAGUUACAGCUCUGUUUGUGUUUGAGAGAGGAGCCCUAUUGAAUGCUGUUUACUUUCACACAGGAUUUGUGCAUGUACACAAGCUGUGCAGUAAAACAGCGGAAAGAGCCAAGAGGAGGAAGGGUGGGCUGGAAAGCGGGUUUGGCCCAAAAAUCAAAGACAAAGCAAGCAAACCUCUUGUAGCUGUAUUUAAAAAUAGAAGUAAAAUAAGAACACAUUGUGUGGCAAUAUAAAAGAUAAGAAAGAAUUAGAGCUGUUUUGAGACUCAUUUAAUAGUAUGCUUCUAAAGAUUUUGUCAUUGUCAGAUUAGCUAGGACUUUUUCCAAGUACAAAAGUGCUCUUUAAGAUGCAACAGCCCCAAAAACUAUUUGGACACUUAAGCCUUACUUAAAAAUGUAUGAAUGUCAUUGCACUAGAUAACAAAAUAUUAAAGCAAGUGGAAUUUAUUUUAAAGUGGGCAGCACGAGCACACUUCUAAAGCUAAACUUUUCACAAAAAGACAUUUGUUUAAUGAUAAAACAAUAGAUUUACCGUUCAAAAUGAAGGCACAUCCAGAGUUAAUGUGAUGAACUACACCUUUGAACUUGAGGACAAGUCCUACAUCCACUAAAAAUCACCUUGACAAGAGUUGGUUAAAAGUCAUUGCAAAAAGUUAGUUCUGAGAAAAGUUCUAGUGUCAUUGGUUUACAGAUGUCACUUGGUUUCAUUUUGAUUUGAUAUAAUCCAAUGGCAAUUUCUGUGGCUUUAGUGUUCAAAUACCACAUCAGUAUUUUUCUUGUGUUAUCAGCAUUUAUUGCGAAAUGUGUUUGAAUUUAAUCAACCUUUAGAUCAAUAUUAAAUCAUCGGGGCUUCCUCUGGUAGUCAGUCCAUAAAUAAAUUCUCAUACUGAACUGUUGGACUGGUAGAUAUAAUGACGCUCCUUUCGUAGAGAUGGUGCUUGGAAUCAAAUAUCAUUUUGUAAAAAAGUAACUUGUAAAACAAACCAUCAGCAUGCCUUGUCCUUAUGAAUAUAAGUAACAGUUGAGUGGCUGUCCAAGUCUUUUACUGUAGAUGCAAAGCUACUGUAUCUGUUUACUGGAAAAAUAAACCUCAAAGCACAAUUGCUUGAUUUGUUGACAUGCAACAUUAGAUGUAUCUUAAUGUGUUUGGCAUGUUUUGAAGAGAUGGCCUCUGUAUUGCUUCACAAACUGAGAUGUGAAGGCCAAAGGUCAGUUUGAACAAAUUCGUAUAAUCUCCAUAGUCAAAUAGCUGAGUUGUCUCGUUAUACCACAUCUUUCAUUAAAUACAUUGUAUUUACAUUUUUGGAUGCUAGUUCCCUGAUGGUUAAAGGAUACACACACAAAUGAAAAUUCUGUAGUCAUUUAGGCCACAACCACAUAAUUCAUUUUCAUUUGAAAAUGCAUUGAUUUCGCAACGUUUACAUCUCUCAUUCACACUAGAAAGAUGUUUUCCUCGACCAAAAAUGCUCUCCAUUACCGCAUACUUUGGGAAACAAUGAGUUUUCAAAUGAAAAGGGAUAAAGGGGCGGUCACACUAGGCUUUGAGCACUUUUUUUUUUUUUUUUCGGAUAAUGCAACAGGCAAGGAUAUGAUGUCACGUGGGAGGGCUUCUGGUGUAAGUAAAUAACACAUCAAAAAUAACAAAUAAAAUUAUAUUUAAAGGGGGGUCUGGGUAGCUCAGUGAGUAUUGACGCUGACUACCACCCCUGGAGUCGCGAGUCCGAAUCCAGGGUGUGCUGAGUGACUCCAGCCAGGCUUCCUAAGCAACCAAAUUGGUCCGGUUGCUAGGGAGGGUAGAGUCACAUGGCGUAACCUCCUCAUGGUCGCUAUAAUGUGGUUCGCUCUUGGUGGGGCGUGUGGUGAGUUGUGCGUGGAUGCCGCGGAGAAUAGCGUGAAGCCUCCACAUGCGCUAGGUCUCUGCGAUAACACGCUCAACAAGCCACGUGAUUAGAUGAGCGGAUUGACGGUCUCAGAUGCGGAAGUGACUGAGAUUCGUCCUCCGCCACCUUGAAUGAGGUGAGUCACUACGCCACCACGAGAACUUAGAGAGCGCAUUGGGAAAUGGGCAUUCCAAAUUGGGGAGAAAAAGGUGAGAAAAACAGUUCUAUUUAAAGUGUUAAAAUAUAUUGUCUACUCACUUUCCUGCAACAAUAAAACAUGUAUUCUUUGUAUUGAGCCAAGAGGUCAGCAUGUGGCCUUUCCAUCUUCUAUUGGUCAGUGUCCUCUCAUCAUCCAGAUUCGCAGGUCCAAGUUCACCAAACUUGCACUCUUGUACACAGCAGAGUACAAAAUUUCUUCGCAUGAGCUUGCAUUUCCGGUCUCCCGCGCUCAGAUGCGAUUGAAUUGGAGCGAAUAAAGCACAAAGUGUAGACUGACCGCUACUCCCAUUCAAACGCAUCUGAACGUGGGUGACCAGAAAAGCAAGCUCAUGCAAAGAAAUUUCGUACUACACUGCAUAUCGAAAGUUCUAACCUGAGUCCAAAAUUACAUACUGACAGUGUAUGUACUGUAUAUGAUGAAAGAUGCACUUAUUUGCUGGUAAAACAGUAUGUUGUUUAGGUAUGCAUGUGAGAAGUAGGAAUAGAUUCUGGACAUACUUCAUCCGGGGACGUGGGUAUUGAUCCGUGAUCCUAAUAGAUGACGUAUUGCAUCCGCAAAAAUAAUCUACUCUCGUUUUAUUAAACAAGCACCAUUUAAGCACAACUAACAACUUUCUUGGUAUAUAUGUAUCACUUGCAUUUGAAAAGAGCAUUAGAAUUUUAAAUCCAGCAUACUGAACAUGACGCCUCUACAACUCCCGAAUGAUUAUGGGAUAGUACAUUUUCUAGUAGAUCCGCAUUUCAGAAUCUCACCAGAAAUACUUGUCUAGUUCAUCCGCGUAUUUCAUGCUUGGUGUUUUAUGAAUGCUGAGGAUUUGGACAUACUAACACUCCACUGACAUCUUGUUUUUGGCAUACUAUAUAGUAGGGAAGUAUGCAUAUUAGGACGCAGCGCAGAGAGGACUCUUGCUGACCUCUUGGCUCAAUUCAAAGUAUACAUAUUUCAAAGCUGCAUGUUUUAUUGUUGCAGGAAAGUAAGUAGACAAUAUAUUUUAACACUUUAAAUAUAAUAUUUUUUAGUUAUUUGUGACGUAUUAUUUACUCUCUCCAGAAGUCCUCCCGCAUGACAUCAUAUCCUGGUCUGUUGCAAAAAAGUUUGCGUGCUCAAGCCUAGUGUGACCGGCCCUUUAGUGUGCAUGUUGGCUGUCAAAAGGACAAAAAAGCCUUUUAUGUUUUAAUAAAUGAUGACAGGGUUUACAUUUUGGAUGAUGCAUCCAUUUAAAUUUCUCAACGGUGAAUGGGAACUGUUAUAGCUGUUAGUUUACGGAUUUGUGUAACUCGAAAUGGCAAAAACAUUUCCAGCUUCUGUGGAGUAAUCUUGAACAAUGUUCCAUGCUGUCUGCAUAGUGCUUAUGGAUCUACUCUACCCCCUAGUGUCCAGUGGUCUUCUAUACAUGCAGUGGAUGAAAUGCAUUGUUGCCACUAACUGAUGAGAUCUGUGUACAUUUGUCAUUCUAGAAUUUAGGAUAAUGAAUCUAGCAAAUGUAGCUAUUUGUUGCUGAAAGCUGUUAAAAGUGGUACAUCUGUAUCCCUCCUUUUCUCCUUAUGUCACAUCUUUUGCCCUCAGAUUUAUUUCUCCUUGUUUCUUUUUACUGGCACAUCUUUUGUAAACAAUGCUUUUUGUAUCUCUUCAUUUGGUCUCUUCUCAGUUCUUCAUUGACUGCCUGUCCAUCAACAUGUGUUUGCUGAGCAAGGUGUAAAUAGAUGUUUGUUAAUAAAAUAUUUGCUUUUCA